GCUUUACCUCUUCGUUUUAUACCUCUAUGAUGGACCAGAUUCGGAUGAUAUAGAUCAGGCUAUAGAACAUUCACGUUCGGAUAGCUUUAAUGUGUUGACUUCUAGCAACAGGGUCAAACUGAAUCACGCUAAUUGUCAAAAAAAUUGAAAUUAUACUGUUUACAGAGACUGCAGACGAAAUUUAAUUAACCUUAAAGAUCUAAUGCAUUAAUGACGACCUGUACAUCUAUAAUAAAACAUGAUUAUUGAACAGGUUUAAAAUUUUUAAAAUUUGUCGCUAUUUAGACUUUUUGAGACCACCGACAGACUUUUCUAUCCAUUCUACAUAAAAUUUUAUACUUUCAUUAAAACUGUUCUUAACCACAAAAUUGUUAUCUCCUAAAAGUUGAGAGACAAAAGUAAUUAAUACAACCAAGACAGAAAAAUGCUUGUUGACUAAAAAUAUUUUGAUUUUUAGAUAAUUUAAAAAUGUUUGAAUAAUCUACAGAGACAUGAACGCUACCAAGUUCUAUGUAGCCGCCUGCAGGCUGGUCAUUGAGGCCAAUCCUGAUAAUAUUAAUAGUUGGCAGGAUAUAUACCGAAUACUACCGAUGCUACGGAACUCCAUGUCCUGCACUGUAUGUGAACAUCUACUAACUGAACCAUACACUCCUGAGGAGAGUUCGUGCCAGCAUCAUGUGUGUAAAGGGUGCAGGGGUGGGGUUAAAGUACUCCGCCCCUCCUGCAGUUGGUGCAAGGAUUACUCUCUGUAUACGGAGAAUGUUCAGCUUCGUCUUCUAAUCCAGAGUUAUCGGAAACUCUGCUCCCUGAUUAAAGUCACCAAGCUCUACGAGAACUUUCAGGAGAACACAGACACUGGCCCCGGGAUGCUCGAGAUUAUCAGAGAAAGUGAGAUGAAGAACAGGGUUGGGUUUAGUGGAUCAGGGUUCUCCAGGCAACCUUCUCAACAGGUCAAACAAGAGGUUUACUCCGAGGAAGAGGAAAUCCAUCAAUCAAACCGUGAACAGGAUCAAACACGUCUUUCUUCCGAUAUAUCGAGCUUAGAUCAUAACCGCCUCAAUCCUAAACCAUUCUCCGAGCACAUUCUGACUCCGGAGCACUCAACCCUGUCCCCGGAGCAAACUGAACCUUGUGAUAAUAUUAGAACCUCUCCCACCAAGUCAAAUCUAAGUCUGGAUGAAUCCACGGGUCGGACGGAUGGAAAAGGGAUGGAAUAUACAACCGUGAAACUAAAUCCCAUGGUAAAACUUGAACUUAACUAUGAUUUGGAGCUUCACAGUUCGACUCAUCAGAGGGAAGGAAAAGAAGAUAUUUUAAAUGAUCAGGGUGAAAAUAUGGAUACGGAUGAAUCCAGAUUAUCCAGGGAUGAAUCCAGAUUAUCCAGGGAUGAAUCCAGAGUAUUCAGGGAUGAAUCCAGAAUAUCCAGGGAUGAAUCCAGGUUAUCCAGGGAUGAAUACUCUCUUGAGAAUACUCCUUUUAUCCAAGUGGAUUCCAUGAAGAUGGAAUCCAUAGAAUCCAUAAAACAUGAAUACUAUCCGACUCCUUCUCAUACACCUCGACGCUCAGCAUCUAGAUCUGAGACUCCCUCCCCGCCGAACUCCAGACGAUAUUCUACUUCCAUUCCUUGCACAGAAUCGGUUCUCUCCUCAGCCCAGCUAUACCUGAAUACAAGCUCAGGAUCCAACCCGGAGUCGAACCCGAACUUACUCCGGGGAUUCAUCAAGUCUAGGACGCAUCCCAAAAUCCGGGAAACAUUUAUUCUACAACCCAGAGCUAAUCCUCAGGGGGAAACCAAGGUUGUACAAGGGAACUCUGGAUGGGAAUCUAAUGUUAAUCGGUUGGAAAGUAUGAAUGUGAUGAGUACAACACCAAUGAUUUUGCCAAGGAAUUCUCCGCACUCUGGAGGCCGGAGUUUGUUAAAGCCUCCGGAAAAGCCUCCGUUAGGAAAAGGAAAGGAAAGGAAGGCGGGAGGAUGUAGAUGCGGAAAUGCUACUGCAUGUCCGGGAAAACUAACAUGUUGUGGACAGAGAUGUCCUUGCUACGUCAGCAGAUUGGCAUGCGUCGACUGUAAAUGCAAGGGUUGUAACAAUCCCAACCUACCGGGGGGAGGGAAGGUUCUACCAUACAUCAAUGCAGCUCUCAACCUUGACGGAACUAAUGCAAUCAAAUUUAUGACAACCAUUAAUAAACCAAGUCAGCCGGGCAGUAAUCCUGGGUUGACCCGGAAGCUAGGUUCUAGUCUACUUAGCUCCGGGGUUAGAUUGAGUACAGGAGGAGGACGGAGUGUGGUGAGAGUACCCUCAUCAAUAUCAGAUAGUAUAGACAGCAUGACUGAUGUUGAUAUUAAUACAAUCCCUGUUGUAAACUUGUCUUCUCCCUCCGCCUACACAACCCUUGUAGGAUCCUCUCCUCUAGCAGACAGAUUGGUUUCCAGAUCAUCUCCAGGUUCCUCCUUCUCCCCCCCUUCCUCGUUAUCUUCCUUCUCCGUUCUUCCCUCUUCAUCCUUUACACAAUCAUCUAUGUCAACUGUUCGUGUUGUUCCCGCAUCUUCUUUAUCUGCAGUUUCUAUUCCUCUCUCCUCCCUCACCACCUCCUCCCUCUCCACCUCUUCCUUCUCCUCCUCUGGUCUCAAGCUCCGACCUGUAGAUCAACUUCAACCUAGAGAAAUCAAAGCCAGGGUUAUUCCAACCUCGUUUCGUCUCAAACCUGCUCCGUACACAAGGCUUGGGUUAAAUAAUGGAGGAAACCUGAACGGAGCAAACUCUAUCCGGCUUCAAACUAAGAACGGAUCUAUCCGGGUUCAGACCAAAGACCCAUCCGGAGCAAUCCGGUUUCAGACUGUCAACCUCAUGUCUCUUCUCAAGGGGCAACAUAACCAACAAAUCUCGACCCAGGUCUUGAAGGAGGGGGUCAAAAAGGAGGUUGUUCCCAUGGAGGCUGUUAAAAUAGAGGCUGUUGAAACGGAAGCUGCAGAAGAGGCUGAUAUUUCGGUGGAUUAAAACAAAGAGAAAAGUCUAAAACCUGUCAAUACUUUUAAAGCAUAAAAAACCAAAAAUUGCCAAAUUA